GCAGACAGGAAACACUGCACAUGUUGAACAGAUCAGAGCUCAAACUGCUUUCACUCAAAGUGAAACUUAACCAGUCAUUGAGACACGAAGCAGAAAUGGAGCAGAAAGGAGUUCAGCUGGAUCAGGAAACAUUUUCCUGUUCAAUCUGUUUGGAUCUACUGAAGGAUCCAGUGGCUAUUCCCUGUGGACACAGCUACUGUAUGAGCUGUAUUAAAACCCACUGGGAUGGAGAGGAUGAGAAGAACAUCCACAGCUGCCCUCAGUGCAGACAGACCUUCACACCCAGGCCUGUCCUGGUCAAAAACACCAUGUUGGCAGUUUUAGUGGAACAGCUGAAGAAGACUGGACUUGGAGCUGCUGCAGCUGAUCACUGCUACGCUGGAGCUGAAGAUGUGGCCUGUGAUUUCUGCACUGGGAGGAAACUGAAAGCUGUCAAGUCCUGUCUGGUGUGUUUGGCUUCUUACUGUGACAAACAUCUUGAACAUCAUUAUAAUGUGGCUCCGUUAAAGAAACACAAGCUGGUGGAUCCGUCGGAGAAGCUCCAGGAGAAUGUCUGCUCUCGUCAUGAUGAGGUGAUGAAGAUGUUCUGCCGCACUGAUCAUCAGUGUAUCUGUUAUCUGUGCCCUGUGGAUGAACAUAAAGGCCACGACACAGUCUCAUCUGCAGUAGAAAGGACUGAGAGGCAGACAGAGCUGGAGGUGAGUCGACAGAAAAUCCAGCAGAGAAUCAAAGACAAACAGAAAGAUAUGAAGGUGCUUCAACAGGAGGCGGAGGCCAUCAGUCGCUGUGCUGACGAAGCAGUGGAAAAGAACCACAAGAUCCUGACUGAGCUGAUCCAACUCCUCGAGGAAAGAAGGCGUGAUGUGGAGCAGCAGAUCAGAUCCAAGGAGAAAACUGAAGUGAGUCGAGUCAAAGAGCUGGAGUCGAAGCUGGAGCAGGAGAUCACUGAGCUGAGGAGGAAAGACGCUGAGAUUGACAAACUGUCACACACACACGACCACAACCAGUUUUUACUCCAGUAUCCAUCAGUGUCCCAACUCAGAGAAGAUCCAGACUCAUCCCACAUCCAUGUCCGUCCUCAGAGUUACUUUGAGGAUGUGAUGACAGCUGUGUCAGAGCUCAGAGAUAAACUACAGCUCAGUCUGACAGAGGAAUGGACCAACAUCUCACUGAGCAUCACUCAAACACAGGUUCUACUAGAACUGGAACCACAGACCAGAGCAGGAUUCUUACAAUAUUCACGUCAAAUCACACUGGAUCCAAACACAGUGAAUGAACGUCUGUCACUGUCUGAGGAGAAUAAAAGAGGAACAUGUAUCAGUCAAACACAGAGCUAUCCUGAUCAUCCAGACAGAUUCAGUCAGUGGUUUCAGGUCCUGAGCAGAGAGAGUCUGACUGGUCGAUGUUACUGGGAGGUGGAGUGGAGGGGGGGCGGUGUUUAUGUCGCAGUUGUAUAUAAGGAUAUCAAGAGAAAAACAUCCUCUUAUGAAUGUGUAUUUGGAAGCAAUGACAAAUCUUGGGCUUUGUAUUGUAACAACUCUCCCGAAUUUUAUCAUAACCGUGUCCAGUCUUCUGUCCCAGGUCCAGUUUCCUCCAGAAUCGGAGUGUACCUGGAUCACACAGCAGGUAUUCUGUCCUUCUACAGCAUCUCUGAAACCAUGACUCUGAUCCACAGAGUCCAGACCACAUUCACUCAACCUCUGUACGCUGGACUUCGGCUUCGGUAUGUUGGAUCCACUGCCCACUUUCUUAAACUCCAUUAAACUCGUCUUUGACUUUGAUCCAGGUGAUCAGAUCAAUCUUUUCGUAUCUAUCUCUAAAUCACAUGACACAAAAAAAGAUCAACUUUUUUUUUUUCCUGAACUCACAAUCCAGAUUUGGAUUGGAUUUGGACCACACAACAAGACUUUCAUGGUGUCUGUGCUGUGGAGGAAGUCAAAAAAGUGGAGCCGUUUUUCUACGAGGAGUUGAGUUCAAAUCUACUGUUCCUUCCUGUUUCCUACAGAAGAAGCGUGGACUGACCAGGCUCAGUCAUGUGACUGGAAUGGGUUUCAGAUCAUAGUGGAACCUGAUUGGUUCAGUUCCAAAUACACGGACAUGGAUUUGGAGACAAUGAUAGAAGUGGAGAUCAUGAACCAACUCAGACUGAGGCUGAGCUCAUGCAUGGAAACCUGUUCAUUUGAUUGAGUUCAUUCUGUUCCAUCUGAGCAUGUGCAAGAAAAUAGAAAUGAGAGAAAACAGAAGUGAUUUAGUCAAACAUGAGCUGAAGACCAGAACAGGAAGUUGGAUUCUAUCAUCACUACAUAUGUACAAACCCCCAAAGAAAUCCAAUGAUGGACUGAAACAUUUAAACAUGGUUUUUCCAUGAUUUCUGAAGUGCAUGUAAAUGCAUCAUAUCUGAUUAUUCCAUUUAUCUGAUUAUUAAUAGUUAUUGGUUUUUUAUGGUCGUGUUUUAUGGUCCAGUUCAAUAGAUAGAUGUCCACCAUCUUAGAAAAUGGAGACAUUUGUCCUUAAAGCCUGAGGCAUGACUUAGUUCAAUAACGUAGAAAAUACUCAUGUUGUAAAAAUGAGAAGAUGUAAUAUUUGUAGAAUUAUCAGUCACCACAUAAUGGGGAAGUUUAUGGAAAAAUGUUGAUUUGUGUUGAUUUGUAAAGCCUGAUGUGAUGUCCAUUCAGUAGAAGCUGCACCAGUUGGUUCCGUUCCAGAUGGAAAACUGGUCCACUAAAGGUUUAGACUAUGAGACUAUGACAAGACUGUGAGGUGAACAGGUCAAAGGUCAAACCCAUAUUUGAAUGGACAUUUGAAUGUAGAUGUGGUGUUUUUUGGGCGUAUAUUCACAGCCUCCUCUUACUGACUGGACACAUUUACCACAUGGGCCAGUGAUUCAGUUCCCUUUAAUACUCAGUCCAGGUUGAACCCAUGCAGGUUUUGGAAGGUUUUCCAUCUUUAAUGCUCCGUGGAUCCAUAUAUGCUUCUUUGACUGUGUUCAUUUUUAUUACGACUGUAUUUACGCCUCCUGAUUCAUGUCCAUUCAACAGUUCUAUUAAAGUCUGUGUGUGAAUAGCUGUGUGUUAUUCAUUACAGCUUUAACAGGUUUGAUCAGUUCCAUGAAGAAUAAAACCCUAUUGAGGAAGGAAAUUCGUGAUUUGAGAAUGCAGACGGCACCCUUUUGUUUGAGAGCACAGAAGGCACCCUUUUGUUUCAUGUUCCCUGCCGAGCUAACCUCUUUAGCAUUAACCAGUGAUGUUUUGAUUAUAUGUGAAGAUGCCUCCACCAGGUCUGAGAGACCUACCCUCCCUUCCUUUGGUGUGAACCCCCCCCCCCCCCCCCCUUCCUGGAGUGUGACCCCCUCCCCUUUCCCCUGAAUGUAAAUUCUCUUGUCUCUUUCCUAAAGUACAACCCCCUUUUUCUGUAUUACUUUGUUUGUCUUUUGUUUUCUAUUGACUGCUUUGAAGUAACUGUAUAAAUACCAUCUGAAAACAUAGAUUCGGGGUCAGACUACUGAAACAGACUCUGUCUGCAUCGGUACUCUCACCGUGCUCCGGAGCACUAAAUAAAGCUAUACUCAUCGCAGCAAACUUUGAACCACGU